AUGGAAUCUGCAAAGAAAGACACAUUCAUCAAAUUCGCCCUCGCAGCCCUUGGAAUCUCGGUUUCAGCAUACGUUAUUUACAAAUUAACUCACAAAGAACCAGCUACUGCAGAACAGAGUCCCCUCUAGAAUAUUGUUGACUAGAGAGCUUCUCAGCUAACAAAGGUUCAAAAUAUUAACGCCUGUGUUAAUGAAUACAUUCAAAAUCAACUCCUUAAGGGCGAGCCUCUAAAGACCACAGAGGACCUCCUACUUAAAAAGGAGGAUUUUCAUAGCAUUUAAAUGGCUAUGGAGUUAUAUGCAAAGGUAUUACUAUAUGAGUCAAGAGUUAAAGGCUAAGAGGAGAGAAUAUAAUUUUUAGAGAGGAAUGAUAUGGUCUCAUACACUGAAAAGGUGUAUGAUUAAUUACAUCCAGAAAUUCACAGUUUUAUGGAAGCUUAAGACCACAUUUUAACUUUAGCUAAAGUGGAUAGAGCCAUUUAUAAUGCUUCUUAAAAAGUCUAUACUAAUGGCCUUGAAGGUAUUCAUGAUGCCAUUAUAUUGGCUUUAUCAAGUCCAUUCAAAGCUCAGAGAGGUUUUGGUAAACAAGAGACUAUUAAUAUGCUUAUUCAGAUUACUAACAAAGCUUUGCAAAAAGUCCAAGAAAAAGAAGUACUUGAAUGUAUUUUGGAGAAGGAUGAAAUCAUCUUUAUUUAUGAUGCCCUCGUCGGAGAUUAUGCUCAAUUAGAUUACUAAGUUCAUGCAGAGGAAUUUAAGGCUCUCAUUUCAAAGCAUCAAUUGCUGAAGGAUAGUUAAGUGAUUGCUCAGAUUGACAAAUUCGUUCAAAAGCUUCACGAACUCAAUGAAAAAUACGAAUGA